AUGUCUUCUCCUGAAUCCCCCAGCCGAUUCAUCUACGGGCGAAACCGGUCUAUGUCCGAACCGACAGACGACAACACGGAUCUGAGCAGCUAUCUGUCUUCUACUCAACCUUCAGAAGAUUGGCCUGACUCGCCCGAAUACUACGAUCGAUUCUCCCCAUCUCAACACCAUGACUACGGACCAUUCGCGAACGCCAUCCCACGAGAAGCUCAUAUGGCGGGGGGGCCUCAUUCUCGAGAUGUCACCCCUUAUGAUCAAUCAUCUGAACGAGACGAUACUCACGCCGUGACGUCCCUAUUCAGUGAGGACAGCGUGCCUGAACACGUUGCCCACGCCCUCAACGACCCAGAAUUCCGAUGCUUUGCCGCCCGACAAGUACACGAUAUCUGUCUUGGAGUCAGUCAAGAUUUCAUCGAGAAUUUCCGGUACAACAUUGAGCAGCGGCUCUCAGAGUUUCAGCAAAAUGAGACUCGUCGUUUUCCAGGCCGUGUGUCUAUAUUCGACGAGACGGCACGGACUCUCUACAGAAGCACGCACGCGACGGCUUCUUUGAGGACCAACACGGCCGGCAUCUGCUCUAUCCUCUGGGCCAGGGGGAAUGCGUUGCAGAUGCUAUCACCAGAAUCGGUGUCCAGAGCGCUAGAUGGCAUGAGUGUGGUCAACACGACGGCGGAGGAUAUCGCGAGGGCCUUUGAUAUUGUCUUGGAGCGAGGCGACCUCCACAAGGCGGACGCGAGAAACAUCCUCGAGGCUGGAAUGGCAUUCUGUGAAAGACUGGAGUAUCUGGAUAAGCGUGAGGAGGUGGAGAAUUUGGCUCUUUCUUUUCGGCGAGUACCCAGUUGA